CAAAAGACGCCGACGUUGCUCUGGUAACGUGUGAGAUUGGGAUUAGCAUACAGGCUAACGUUUUCUUGGUAGCACAUAAACAAAAAUAUGCGAUGCCGAAAAUAAUAUCUGAGACCUUGUGGGAGUUUGCUGCCGCCGAUGUUCAACAGCGUCAAAGUGGCGUCGGGGAAGAGGAUCGAAGUAUAGAACCGAGCGAACGGACUGUGUUUCUGAUUGGCAGCAAGGCCGGGGGAAAGACCUCUAUUCUCUACCGCUGCCUUGACAAAGAUGAACCUCCUAGACCCACUUUGGCUUUAGAGUACAGUUAUGGUCGGCGCACUAGAGGACACAACACAUUUAAAGAUAUUGCUCACUUGUGGGAGCUGGGUGGUGGGAUUUCUCUGUCAGAUCUUGUACAGAUCCCCAUCAUUCCUUCUAGCAUCAGGUCUCUUUCUGUUAUCCUUGUCCUUGAUCUGUCAAAACCCAGUUGUUUGUGGGGAACAAUGGAACGAUUGUUGCAAGCAGCACAAGAGCAGACCAAAAAGGCUUUUCACCAGGCACAGCAAAUGUCCAACAGUAAACAGACUGUCCAGCAGAUGCAUAUCCUGCCUAAAGACUAUCCCGACAGAGAGCUCAUCAAUCCUUUUCCUGUUCCUCUUCUGAUUAUUGGCAGUAAAUAUGACAUGUUCCAGGAGUUUGAUUCUGAUAAAAAGAAGUUGAUUAGUAAGACACUUCGCUUUAUUGCUCACUACUAUGCAGCAUCCCUAAUUUUUACCAGCAUCAAGUCAGAGAGUUUGAUGUCUAAAACUAAAGUAUUUUUCUCCCAUUUUGCAUUUGGAGUGGACAAAGGAAAAACAGUGUCUACAGAUUCCAGCAAACCUCUCAUUAUUCCUGCUGGUGCUGAUUCUUUUAGCCAAAUAGGCACACCCCCAACUUCUGAUGUGACCUCACUACAUGCAAAAAACCCUAAAGACCUUUGGAAGAAAGUUUAUGAGUGCAUCUUCCCUCAAGAGACCGUCAGUGAACAAAGGGAACUGAAGGAUCCAGCCAAGGACCCCCAGUACAGUGAGCCUCAGAUUGAUGCUAUGAGAGCACAAAAAGACCAGGAACUAGAGCAAUACAAAAGAAAUGCAGCUAAAUCAUGGAAAGGACUUGACCUGGAGUCCUAACAAACAAAAGACUGCUGUUUAUCAAAUUCUUUUAUUUAUUAUUAUUGUUAUCUUGACAAUCAUUUAUUUGUACAAAUAUCAAAAAUGUAAAAAAUAAAGCAUUUUAUGUCAUCUCUA